AUUUUGAUUGAUUUUUUAGCUUUUGCUUUUCAUUUUGAUUCAAUCUAUUGUUUCUGUUCAGUUUAUCUGCUGGUGAUUGAAUUGAAGGAUUUAGAUUUUGGUAUUGUUGUUGAGAAAAAGGGGAAAGGAAAUCUCUUUCUUGUUCUGAUUUUUUUUUUUUUGAUAGUUUUAGCUCUGAUUGUUGGCUUUCUUCUGUUGCCCCUCUUGUUCUUUUGUAUAAUUGUGCAAGGCAUCAUGGGUCUGAAAAUUGUACUUCUAGCUCUAUUUGUGCUGUCCAUCAGCUGGAUCAGCUCAGGUGCUAAGGAUUUAUCUGCAUCUGAUAUAACAGGUGUUCCAAUCGAAUACAAGAACAUAGGAGAGGAGAAGAUCCAUGAGGUUGUUGAAAAGAAUAACCAAUUGUGCACAAUUUGUGAAGAGUAUACAGCAGAGGCUUUGAGUGUUCUUGGUGAAAACAAGACCCAGAUGGAUAUAAUAUCCAUCCUUCAUAAAGCAUGUUCUCAGUUGCGGUCGCUUGAGGAGCAGUGUAUUGGAUUGGUAGACUAUUAUGCAUCUGUUUUCUUCCUUGAGAUUUCUACAAUACAACCUGAGAACUUCUGCCAAAAAUUGUCUCUUUGCGGGGCAAAAUAUUUUUCUCUCCAUAGGAGUGACAACAAUAUCUGCAGGCUUUGCCAUCAAGUUGUUCUUGAAAUAAUUACCAAAUUAAAAGAUCCAGAUACUCAGUUUGAGAUAAUUGAGAUUCUUCUCAACCAAUGCAGCAAGGCGGAAAAUUAUGCACAAGAGUGCAAAAGGCUGGUCUUUGAGUAUGGCCCUUUGAUUCUUGCCAGUGGUGAAAAAUUCUUCGAGACGAAUGAUGUCUGUUCCAUAGUCCUCUCCUGCACUUCAUCUAAAACUGAAUCUAUUGGAUCAGCACAAAUUACUGAAGCAUCAUUGACUGAUGCUUAAAGCAAUGAAGUAUAGUAUUCUGGCUCGGGAUGUGAGAGCUCUGAAAUGCAUUGCUUCUAAACAAUCACCACUUCCCAUUAGUGAUUGUAAUUAUUAAUUAUGAAUUUAUCGUCUAUCAUGUACUGCUAUUAGAAUAAGCAGUGUUGUUAAUUGUUGAACUUAAUGUGUAAACUGUAAAGCCAUUAUAUUGAGCAAUUUAUAUUGAGAAAUAUAUUUAUAUUAUUCU